ACCCACUUGAGCACAGUCUUGAAUUUUAGGAGAGAAAAAAAGAGUGAAGGAGGAGUUAGUGUUCACAAACCAAACCCAAACCCAAACCCAAAACCAAAACCAAAAGCAAUGGCUACUCCUCCUGUAAACUUCCUGAUAGUAAACCCGCAGAAGGGAAGAAAAAGAGAUUUGUUUAAGUAUUUGGUAACCAAAAACAAAAAGAGUGGAAUGAGUUUUUUGGAUAGUUCAGAGGAAAGUAUUAAAGGUGGUGUAGCAAAUGAUCACAGGUGGAUUUUAUUGGUUUCUAUUAUCAUUCGCAGGAUUCUUGCCCUUAUUAAUACUCCAUUGAAGUACCUCGGCUACGUGGUUGAUUUUAUUCUCAACCUUAUUUCUCAAAAUGGUGGCAUUUCUGGCAUCCUCAGUAACUCCCUGCAUGGGAAGCUGAUAAUACCUCGAAGAGGAUCAGAGAAUUUUGUAAGCACAAUUGGUCAAUUGGAUGGGCGAAUUGACCUAUACAAGACUGUAAGUCUGGCAGAGAAAGUUGACGGUAACUUUUCCGCAGAUGCAAACAACAUAGAAACACAUUUGGGAAAUCGAUAUUUAAUGGACCUAUGCAUUAUGGCUGCAAAGCUUGUUUAUGAGAAUGAGAAAGUUGUCCAAAAUGUUAUUGAUCGUUAUUGGAAGAUGCAUUUCGUUGCCUUCUACGACUGCUGGAAUGAAUACCAAAAAGAAAGCAACACCCAAGUGUUCAUAUGCUGUGACAAGCCCAAAGAUGCAAACUUGAUAGUGAUCAGCUUUAGGGGCACAGAACCAUUUAAUGCACAGGAUUGGAAUACUGACUUUGAUUUUUCAUGGUAUGAGAUUCCCAAAGUUGGAAAAAUCCAUAUUGGAUUUUUAGAAGCAUUGGGUUUAGGUACCAGAAGAGAUGCUUCCACCUUCCAAAGUCACCUUCAAAGAAAGCGUGCAGGUCUCUUUCACUUAAAUGGCCAAUCGGAAGGGACUACGACGGAAUUAUCAAAAAAGAGUGCUUACUAUGAUGUGACAUCAAAGCUCAAGCAAUUAUUAGAAGAGCACAAAAAUGCUAAAUUUGUUGUCACUGGACAUAGCUUAGGCGGAGCGCUUGCCAUAUUGUUCCCUUCCGUUCUUGUAAUACAAGAAGAGACAGAAAUACUACGCAGGUUGCUUAAUAUAUACACAUUUGGACAGCCAAGAAUUGGAGAUGUGCAGCUGGGCAAUUUCAUGGAAGCUCAUUUGAACUAUCCAAAAACUAGAUAUUACAGGGUUGUUUACUGUAAUGACAUGGUGCCUAGAGUGCCUUUUGACGACAAUGUCUUCGCCUUUAAGCAUUUUGGCACCUGCCUCUACUAUGAUAGCCGAUACUUUGGCCGAUUUAUGGAUGAGGAGCCUAACAAGAAUUUCUUCGGAUUGAAGCAUAUAAUUCCCAUGCGAGUGAAUGUGUUGUGGGAGAUCUUUAGAAGUUUCCUGAUAAGCCACAUUCAUGGGCCAGAAUACAAGGAGAGUUGGUUUUGCACAUUGUUUAGGGUUCUGGGACUUGUGCUUCCUGGUAUUUCUGCUCAUAGUCCUGUAGAUUAUGUUAAUUCUGUCAGGCUUGGAAGAGAGCGAGCAACUCCAUUGUUGUCUUUGAAAAGCUUUGCUCGCAAAUUAUAAAUCUUAGAGUCAAGAAAUGGGGACAAAGAUAUUCACUAUCAGCCAAAUAAUGAAGCCCUGGAAAAAUCUGCACUUCCAUAACUUAUUUGUUACUGUUAUCUGCUGCUUGGUGGGAUUUUGAUUUUGAGUAGUUUUGUGUUUUUUUUUGUUUGAAUAAAUUAAAAUCAAUAAAAUGGAACAGUGGGGACAUUUUUU